AUGGAAAACCCAGUGUCGGAGAUAUCGACUGUUAUCAAACUGCUGAUAGAGUCACCACCAUCAGUCCAGCAGGAAACGAUAGAGAAAUACUUCGCACCAUCAGCGGCCUUUGUACACCCAUUCUGCCGGGUUCCAAGUUAUGAUGGCAGCCGUUGGUCCAUCAUCAAGAUCUUCCAAUGGUACAAGAUCAUGUCGCCUCGAAUUGAGCACCAGAUUCAUUCAAUAGCCUAUGAUGAAAGCCAUCUCACUCUCUAUAUCACCCUAUCACAGAUAUUUUCAAUAUGGGUGGUCCCAUUCCACGUCUCUCCAGUCAAACUGACCACUGUCAUCAACCUCACCACGGAUUCUGGAGUCCAGAAGCCCUCUAUGGUGAACGGCGAUCAUACCCUCUACUACAUCGCCAAGCAAGAAGAUCUGUACCAAGUCUCGGAAUUCAUCAAGUUUGUGGUUCCCCAUGUCGGGCAUCUCUUUGUUCUUGCUUUUCAAUCAUUUGCGACUCUCUUCUGCAUACUUGGUGUUCUCAUCUUCUAUCCUAUCAUGUGGCUAGAGGAGAGACGGAUUAUUCCCUACAAGAUGUUGCGCAAGGGAAACCUUGUGUACAAUAUUGAGAGGAAGAUACCAGAGAUUAAGAAAGAAUGA